AUGUGGCUUCCCGAAGCCAGGCUCUAUAUAGCGGCCACAGCCCGCCAGCUACCUCGGCCGGCGGGCCAAACCAGGUAAGAGUAUCCUUGCGUGCAUAUCCGCAUACAGUAUUUCCGCCCCCUUUUCCAUCGCCGCCGGGAGUACGAGUCACCGCAUCGCCACCUCUAAGAUGAGGCUCCGCCUGCAACCCCACAGGAGGCCACAUGCUAAGUGACCCCCUAGGUAUCCUGAAUACCUCUUGGUUGUCUUUGACUGUUCUCCCCUGCAUUUUAGCACACAGAAAGCUACUUACCCAGUAGCUGGAAGACCUGCCCCAUUCUACUCCUGGGCACCUUUUCUCCGCCCUUCAUUCGCUCUACUCCCUGCGCCCACGAUCAAAAGCCCUACGGCGCGAGUGACAUGCGGUCACGUAGGCGGCCGACGCUAGUCAGAUCGUCCUCUCACUAAACCAGUACGUGACUCGUGGUGGAUUUCGGCAGUCGUCUGGGACGACAUAACAGCCUUAUGUAGGGACAGCACUGCUUACACCUACGAGGGUGGUGAGGUUAUAGAUGAUGCCCUAAACAAAGCUGAGUUCACGGUAUCUGCGCGCAGAUCGUGGCUUGCAAACUUCACUACCUGGGGUCGGAACAACGAAAAAAGAAACAAAAACCUCUCUUGUCCCCCUUCCAUCCGCUCAACCCCCCAGGCUGCUAGGGUAAGUCCGCUCACUUUGGCAGCCUGGAAUGCUCGUUCCCUUUCAGACAAUCCGCGGAGCAACCGACCGGAACGGAGUACGGCGCUUGUCGUCCGGGACUCGCUGUACUACAAGAGGGACAUCGCUGCAUUCGGCGAGACCCGAUUCUCCGAAGAAGGUCAGCUGAAGGAGGUGGGUGCCGGCUACACCUUCUUCUGGAGCCGCGGUCCCAAGGCAGAGCAACCAGACGUGGGCAUCGUCUUUUCCACUUGA